CAGCAGUACUCUUUCCUGUUUGGAAGCGAAGGAAGCGACUUUCAACUUAGAAGAGGAAGACUUGUUAAAGGAAAUAAGCUGUGAAAGUGAGAUAGAGAUGUUGAGGUUCACAUUAUAUUAUUGGGUGUUAAUAUUUAUUUUAAUUCCAUCUGCUUCCUUCGUUAUUGUAUCAUCAUCGAAAGAACAGCUAAGUUCAAAGCAAUGUGAGGAUCUGGGUUUCACGGGUUUAGCCCUUUGUUCUGAUUGCAACACUUUUUCUGAGUAUGUCAAGGACAAAGAGUUGAUAUCUGACUGCUUGAAAUGUUGCACAGAAGACUCAGAUGAUUCUACAAGUAAGAUUACUUAUUCAGGUGCAAUACUGGAAGUUUGCAUGAGGAAACUAGUAUUCUAUCCGGAAAUUGUUGGUUUCAUUGAAGAAGAGAAGGACAAGUUUCCAACAGUUAAAGUUCAAUAUCUUUUCAAUUCUCCUCCCAAGUUGAUCAUGUUGGAUGACGAGGGCCAAUAUAAGGAAACCAUAAGAAUUGACAAUUGGAAACGUGAACACAUGCUGCAAUUCCUGCAGAAGAAAGUUCAGCCCUAUUCCGCAAGCUCAUAGACAGUCGUUCACAUUCCUGUUAUCGCAAGAUAAAGUAAAACCGAACUCAGCAAGAUUGAACUAUUUAUUCGUGUUAGCCUUGUCGUUUUAAAUUAUGUGCUUGAGCUUACUGAUUUUCUGUCUUUAAAGAGAGAAUAAUUAUGAAUAAAGGAGUAUACAGUUGAUCA